GCCACCCACAACUCCUUCCAACUACUUUCCCAAUCCAGACACCUGACUUCUUCCUCAAGAGUUGCGGUAAACACCUGCAACUGAGCUUACAGAAACAGGAUGAGAAGUAAAGAGCAGAAAUGGCUACCUCCAUGUCUGAAUCCGGCUAAAAGCACCUCUCAGCUAACUAUCCUAUGGGCAACUUCAAGCACCAAUUCACUCCUGAUGAUUGUAACUAAGGAAUAAGCUGGUCUUCUAUCCCACUUGGGCAAAAAUUGUUUACUGACUUGGAGGCUGGUUUUGUAAAACCAGUUACACAAUUGUAUCAGACUGGCUGUUUGAAGAACCUCAAAGAACCAUCACUUCCUCUUGCGAAGACUAUAAAACUUGCUACCAGCAAAAAACAAACAAACCCAAAAGUUCUAAAAGAUGGAUGAAGAUGGAUAUAUGAGUAUAGAUCCAAGUAAGAGAGACCAUCCCUUGCCAGCCAUUAAAGGAAAGAAAGAUCCUCCGAGGAACCUUCUCCUGUGGAAAAUUUUGUUUGGCCUUUCGACUGUAGGAAAUGUGGUCCUGGCUGUGCUUUUGAUUGUUCUCAUUCUUCCAGGUUCACAGAAUGCCGGUCUUCCGAAUCAUCUAUUGAAGCCAAUCCCCAGCUGCGUCAAGAAUUGUAUUCCUUGCGGAUCAGCUAAGGACAGUGUAACAGCGCAUCUGACUCUGGAUCCAAACACAGCUAGUCCCAACCUCUACGUAUCUGCUGAUUUGAAAAGUGUGAGAUGGAAAGGCAUGCAACAGCAUGUGAAUGCCAGUCCUCUGAGAUUCGACGCUAUGUCCUGUGUCAUAAGCCAUCAGAGCUUCAACUCUGGGAAGAUAUGCUGGGUGGUAGAGGUGGUGGAGGGAGGGGAGUGGUGGGGGGUGGGAAUUGUAAGGGAAUCUUCAAAAAGAAACUCGCCGAUUCAUUACGAUAAUAAUGGGGGCUACUGGGGAAUCCAGGGACAUGGGGGACGGUAUGACGCGAUCACCCAUCCCAGAACAAAUUUGACAGUGUGCCAUCCUCCGAAAAGGAUCCGAGUUUCUCUGGAUUAUUCACAAGGCCUCAUAGCAUUCUUUGAUGGCGACACGAAUGCUGAACUCUUCACUUUUCCUAAAGCAAAUUUUGCUAGAGAGAAGGUUCAUGCUUGGUUCUUGAUCGAUAAGUGGAAUGGACAGCUUCGCCUCCAUCCAUGA